AUGGGGUCUGAGCUGAGUCAUAGUUCAGCACAUCAUCCUGAGACAGAUGGACAAUCUGAGAGAACAAUUCAGACUUUGGAGGACAUGCUUAGGGCAUGUGCACUUGAGAUGAGUGGCAGUUGGGAUGAACACUUAUCCCUGGUUGAGCUUGCUUAUAAUAACAGCUACCACGCAUCUAUUGAGAUGACUCCGUUCAAGGCCCUGUAUGAUAGAAGAAGGCAGCAUAUCCAGUUCAGAGUUGGUGAGAAGGCAUUCCUGAAAGUAUCUCCAGUUAAAGGUGUUGUGAGAUUUAGGAAAAGAGGGAAGUUGAGUCCUCGAUACAUCGGACCAUAUGAGAUUAUAGCUAGAGUUGGUGUAGUGGCCUAUCAGCUUGCACUGCCCCCUUCACUUGCUGGUGUACACGAUGUGUUCCAUGUCUCUAUGUUGAGACAAUACAUCCCUGAUGCAUCCCAUCUGCUGCCUCAGCAACCAGCCAAGCUCAUUGGUGAUUUAACUUAUGAAGAGGUCCCAGAAGAGAUUGUUGAUAGAAAAGAACACAAUCUGAGAAAUCGAACUAUCUCUUUUGUGAAAGUUCGGUGGAGCAAUCACUCCGCUGCUGAAGCCUCUUGGGAAAGAGAAGACUUGAUGGGAGAGAGAUACCCUUAUCUCUUUAAUCUUCUAGGUUCCAGCUCUCAGUCUGUGAUAGCGUCAAUGCUAUGGGCUGCAUCGAUCCAGGACACGGAAGAAAUACUCGACACACCUAUGGAGGACUCUGAGGAUCCUUCCCAAUAUGCCCUUUUGGAGUCAGAGGACCCAUGUGAGACACUAUACCAGAGUUACCUGUGCCGAAUCUACUGCCUGAAGGCUAUGCAGAGCCUCUCCCUCAAUUAA